CCAUAAAUAGCAUUUACCCCUUGUCGAAAACGACAUAUUAUUGGAAUGUGCAAAUUUUCCUCAUAAUGGCCCAAAUGUUUUGUCCCAAUGCGUGUACACCAACUGUCAGAGUGCAGUUUUAGAUUUGAUUCGUUUUGCAUAUGACUUCUAUUAACCUUGGCCAAACAGCAGAAAGCCAUAUGAAGUAGGCAGAGCGGGAAAAUUGCUGAGCGUAUGUUGAUGUUUUGUUCGUUCCUUUGUGCAGUCGCGUGUAGUUUUUCUCGAAGUUUUCCGCACAUACCAGCCCGCCGGACGAUAAAAACGUAACAGUUCGCGAAUCUUGCGGCACUAUUUGUUUGUACUGCUUGCGUGUGUAAGCAAGGUGCCGGGGAGGAUAAUUCUAGAAGAUAUCGCGUCACGUACUGAAUUCGGGCCUACCUGCGGGUGUUCCGGUUUCGAAGUUUGGCACAAGCACGAGCGUGGCAGACGGAUCCACACAAGCAACGCACUGAUACACGAUGGCCAAAGUGCACAUCACCAACGUCGUAGUGCUGGAUAAUCCCAGUAGCUUCCUGAACCCGUUCCAGUUCGAGCUGACGUUUGAGUGUAUCGAGGAGCUAAAGGAGGACCUCGAGUGGAAGAUGAUCUACGUCGGGUCGGCCGAAUCGGAGGAGUUCGAUCAGGUGCUGGAUACGAUCUACGUUGGCCCGGUACCGGAGGGCCGGCACAUUUUCGUGUUUCAAGCAGAUCCACCGAACGUCAGCCGCAUCCCGGAGCAGGACGCGGUCGGUGUGACGGUGGUAUUGCUGACCUGCUCCUACCGUGGGCAAGAGUUUGUCCGCGUCGGUUACUUCAUCAACAACGAGUACGCGGACGUGGAGAUGCGUGAAAACCCACCACCGAAACCAUUGUUCCAUAAGAUGACGCGCAAUAUACUGGCGUCGAAGCCGCGUGUGACACGCUUCAAGAUUAAUUGGGAUGAUGCCCCGGUGAAUGGUGUGGCAGGCGGUCCAUCGAAUGGGAUGAUGGACGGAGAGGAAGUCGGACCGUCGGACGAGAUGGCCACUAACGGUGACAACAAUGAUCAUGGGAUGGACGGUGAAUCGAACAGUGCUUCCUCGCAUCCACCGGAUCUGGUGCACGAUGAGAAUAGUAUUGCGAUGCCAGCGACCGAAAUGCCCGAAUUUAACGAAAAUUCCAACUCGCUCGCCAUGGAAUGCUGAGCUGGAUGGUAGUGGUGACGGUUGGCGGAGAGAUGACACAUCUCCAACAUCUCAUUUAAACGUUCACUCGCGUACACAUCUGCAUUAGCGUAGGAUUGAUAGCGAUUAAUCUAAUUAUUCAUUUUGUCGACUGUGGGGAUCGUGAAAUCAUAUCGACCCGUACCCAUCGGACAUGAAUCCGUUUUCCUCUUAUUGUUCUUUACGGUGUGAAGAUAUUAAAGCAUCUGGGGCAAUCGUAGCAGUCCAGUUAAGGUUUCUUCGGUUCCUGCGGUUCCUGCGAUCCAAAUGAGGUUAUGUUCAAAGGAGUUCCAAAGCUCUUAUUUUUUGUUUCUUUUUCGGGUUUCAAUUGUUACGUUAUCUGCCGCUGCGGUAGGAUCGAGCUCAUCAUACGGUAGACAAAUAGAAAACAAAAAUCAUUUUUCCGAGCACGUUAGAACUGGUAGGAAUGUUGACGGAUGAUUUGAAAGGGAGGAAAUAUGUAAAUAACGAAAUGAACUAAAAAAGUAUAAUAGAUAGAAACUGUGGAAACAAGCGUCGCGAUCGUAUAAAAUAAAUUUAAGCUUUUGUAAUAACGAAACAACAAAGAAA